AUGAUGGUUGCAAAGUUUUUUUGUAUACUCUUGUUAGCUUUUCAAGUUAGGGGCUACUGCUCCCCUCUAAAAUGUGAAAAGAUCUCUUUUGAUGAGCGACAAGGCGCCGAUCAUAAUAAAGAGCUUGUUGACCAUGUCUUCCACAACUCUGUCACUUCAAACCCACAGCAGUGCUAUCUGUGGUGUAUCAACGACUGUCGAUGUUCGUCGAUAAACUACAAGGUCAAGAACAACACCAAAUACUGCGAGUUAAACGAAGGCAGCCAUUUUACAAACAAGAAGUCUCUGAAAGACAUCCACGGAAGCGUUUACUACGUACUGCGGAGGGAAUACUCCACUGAGGCUCCUAACCACGUUAUUCCAUGUACUGAUGAUGUCACGUGCAGCAAUGGCUGCUGCAGGAACAAUCCGUGUCUCAAUGGAGGAACUUGCACUGAGAUCUGUGAGCCCACAAAUGUUCGGUACAACUGUUCCUGUCCUAUACCGUUUGUUGGUAAACACUGCGAGAUUCAGCUGAGAAGAAGCUGUCAGGAUUAUAAAGCAGCCAGGUUCACCGCCUCUGGAUUGUAUUCCGUCAUUGAUGACAGAAACCAACCUUUCCAAGUAUUCUGUGAUUUUGAUUCUGAGCCUGGGUUCGCAUGGAACCUGAUUGAGUCAUUCAAUUUGUCCAACAACCACCUUUUUAAGCUGAUCGUAUUUUACGAGAACUACCAAGCCAUCAGCGGUGAUGCCCCAAAUUGGCAGGCAUACCUCAUG